AUGAGCUCCGUACUGACGUCGGUUUCUACUUCUGCCUCUAAGUUCUCUGACAACUAUUCGUGCAAUGAAUCAACCUACUCGGAUCUACUGGAGCGCCUUGGAAAAGAGGAAAGUCUGCCUUCAUAUGUAAAAUUUAUUAUUGGUGUUUUGGUAGAUACUAAAGAGGAACUUUCUGAACUGAAUCGCCGCUGUAAUGCCAUUCUUGUUGAAAAUCAAGCUCUCAGGAAUGAAAACGAUUCCCUGAAAUCUCAACUAAGAAGUUUGCUGUCGACGGUUGAAGCGAGUGAUUCAAAAGCGGUCUGCUCCUGUCCUUCUCAAUCAAUUGGUGCUGAUGAUAGGAAGUCGCCGGAAGUCGAUACUGAUCUCAAGCGCUCGAUAGUCGUCGCGGGUGUUCCGGAAAGUCAACUGCCUGGCUCAGCGGACCGUGUUCGUCAUGAUCUUCACUGCGUGUCAACCCUCCUCAACUUUCUAGAUGUUGAAUGUCUCCCUUGUCAUGUUUUUCGUAUGGGUGUGAAGAGUAGCUCUCAGCCUAGGCUCCUUAAGGUCGUCCUUCCUAGUGGUCGGUUCCAAAGACAAGUGAUUAAAAGGGCUCCCCGACUACGGUUCUUCCCUCAUGGGAGGGUAUUCGUUCGUCCCUCUCUAACUAAGGAGGAGAGAACACGUAGACGAGAAGUCCGUCAAGCAGGUUCUGUUUGUCUCGACAGUUCUGUAGUAAAUGGAUCUGAACGAGUCAGUUCCGCUGAUAGGAGUGUGGUAGCAUUACUUCAUAAAAAUUAUGACCUGGUUCUGAUCACGGAAACCUGGCUUCAUUCUAAACACGACACAGAUCCCUUAUUAGGUAUUGUGAACUCCCAAUAUGACGUCUUGCGCUGUGACCGCCUUUAUAAGAAAGGAGGUGGUGUUCUGAUUUUAGUUCGAAAUUCCCUCUCUUAUAAUAUUGUUUACAAGGAUUCGUUGAAGGAUGCUUAUGAGAUUCUCGUUGUUGAUCUAUUCGUUUACCAGUCCAACUUCAGGUUGUUUUUAGUAUAUCGUACCCCUCUGUGCAACUCGCAAAACUCCGGUCUCCUGCUAAAAUUGAUUAAAAAGAAAAUUAUUGAAUCGAAGGACUCCACAAAGCUGUUUGCGUACAUAACUAAACGCCUCAAAAAUUCCAAAAGAAUGCCAGCACUACGCACAUCUGAUGAUAAUGUUGCUAGGCUUGAUGAAGAAAAGGCUGAGAUACUUGCCAAUUGGAUUGAUCUUCCUAUCUCGUUAAUGCGCGCCAUACGUAACCAGGCAUCAACUGUGCUCAAGCUGGUUGAA